UUGGCCAGGCUGGUCUUGAACUCUAGACCUUGUGAUCCACCUGCCUCAGCCUCCCAAAGUGCUGGGAUUACGGGCGUGAACCACCAUGCUUAGCCUGUAAUUCUUUAACUAGGUCUACCUUGCAUUUAAAUGUAUUCACUUAAUUAUUAAUUUCCGAUAUAUGUUUUUAAAUCUAGAAUUUCUUUUUAACUUUUUAUUGUAUUCAUUUUACUGUCAAUCAUUCAAUCUUGCUUUUUAGCUGUUUGAACAUAUCAAAUAUAGUAAUUUAAAAAUCUCUAUGGGUAGCUCCAGUAUAAGUAUGGAUUUGUUUCUAUUAUGUGCUGUUUCUCUUGGUUUUCUAUCAUGUUGUUUUAUUUACCUUGAAACAUAAAUGUGUUUAUGAUGAAUGAGAGUCAGUGAACAUUUUAAAAAAUCAUAGAGAUAAUUUGAAGCUAGAAGAAUGUUCUUUUCAUCCAGACAAGAUUUAUUUUGUUUCUGCCAUAUGGCUGUGGACACUAGCAAUUCUCAUCUACUUUAAUUCAAUCAAGGAUUGAGAUUACUGGAGUAGGAAAUUAACUCUGUCUGCUUCCAGUCCAUACUUACUUCUUCCCUGUAGCUCUUUUCUUAAAUUUUUUAAAAAAUUGUAUUUCAAUAGCAUUUGGAGUGUAAGUGUUUCUUUGCUACAUGGAUGAAUUAUAUAGUGGUGAAUUCCGAGGUUUAGGGCAUCCAUCACCCAAGUAGUGUAUACUGUACCUAAUAUGCAAUUUUUUGUUUUUUGUUUUUUUAAUCCCUAGCCCCUCUUCACCCUCUCCUUUCUAAGUCUCUAAAGUCCAAUAUAUCAGUCUCUAUGCCUUUGCGUACUUGUAGCUUAGCUCUCACUUAUAAGUGAGAACAUAAGGUUUUUGGUUUUCCCUUUAGAAUCCCGGACUGUAGUCUAAGGGAAAGGUUUCCAAGCUACUCUCCUUAUUGCACUCCAAAGUAUGAUUUUUAUCUCCCUAACUCUGUGAGUUUAGUAAAAGCUUUGCUUGACUUUUCAGCAUCUCACGUGCCUUUUCUGAAUUUGACAGAUGCACAUCAGAAAAGUGCUCCCAAAUGCUUAUCUCUCUUUAUUAACUUCUCCAAAUCUUUGCCAAUAACUAUAUCUUAACUGCCUUGUUUGCUCUUUAGAGCAUUGUAACACAUGUAUUUUCAUAGUUUAUCCUGCUUUUCCAGUUUUUUUCAUUGAAAUAAUUGUCAUGAUGACCAAUAGUCUAGUAUGCUGCUGUAGGACUUCUAUAGCUGUUAUCUCCGUUCAUAUUUCAGUUUCUUUAUGUGUUUUUUCCUACAUGAAUUCCUGGGUUCCGUUUUCUAAUUCAUAGGUUGGCAAAUGAUGAAUGUAAUAUGAUGAUGAUGGCCUGUGUUCCAGCCAUAUACUCUUUUAAAGAAAAUUUUACUGAAACACAGUCAUGUCCUCUUGUUUACAUAUUAUCUAUGACUUAUUUUGCAUUACAGUGGCAAAGUUGAGUAAUUGUGGAAGAGACCAUAUGGCCUACAAAGGCUAAAAUUAUUUACCAUCUUGUUCGUUAUGAAAAAGUUUGCUGACUCCUAUUCUGAUUUUUUAUUUAUUCUUUAACAUUCUGAAGUUUGUCAAUUGAUUUAAACAUUUUAAUGACUUUUUCCUUUCUAAAUAAUAUAUUUUUUAUCUACCUACUACUGUGCCAUUCUAUAUUUUUUGCCUUAAUCAAAUAAUGUGUUUUAAUUAAGUCAGUGAAAAAAAGAACUGACUGAAAGUAGAAGUGAAAAUCUAAGCUAUAGGCGACUAUAUUAUACAAGCUUCUCAAAAUAUAAUUGUUUUUCCAUUAGAUAUAGAAAUAUGGAAGUGACCACAAGAUUGACAUGGAAUGAUGAAAUUCACCUGCGAAAGCUGCUUGGAAAUGUUUCUUUGAGUCUUCUCUAUAAGUCUAGUGCUCAUGGAGAUAGUAUUGAAGCUAUGUUGCAAAGAUGCAGCCAUCAGGGAUGUACUGUAACAAUGAUUUACGUUAAUUGCAAUAUCAUUGUAGCCUUUAUGCUUGGAGAUUAUUCUAAUUUAUAUGAAAAUUCUGCAGAGCUAAAUGAUUCCUUCUGGUUUUCAGUUCAAAAGAAAGAUGAUACCACUGAAAUAGAAACUUUACUCUUAAAUAUAGCACCACAAAUUAGUGAUAAAGAAUUGGUUGGUCGUUCCUUGAAAAAGGAUAUUUUCCUUAUACGGCUAUAUAAUAACACAAUUUAUCUAACUGAAGUGAUAACAAAAAAGUUGAAACUAGACUUUUACGGCUUCAAAAAAUAUUUGGAAUGUGAAGUUUUUCGAGUUGAAGGAUUUAAGGAUAACCUAGACUAUGCAAAGAAGAUAAUGAAAGCUGGAGAGCACAGAAAUAGGCUUCUAGCAGAAAUCAGAGAUUACAAGCCCUAUGCAGACUUGGUUCCAGAAAUUCGUAUUCUUUUGGUGGGUCCAGUUGGGUCUGGAAAGUCCAGUUUUUUUAAUUCAGUCAAGUCUAUUUUUCAUGGCCAUGUGACUUGCCAAGCCAUCGUGGGAUCUGAUGUCACCAGCAUUACUGAACAGUAUAGGAUAUAUUCUGUCAAAGAUGGAAAAAAUGGAAAAUCUCUGCCAUUUAAGUUGUGUGACACCAUGGGACUAGAUGAGACAGAGGGAGUAGGACUAUGCAUUGGUGACAUCCCCCACAUCUUAAAAGGUUGUGUGCCAGACAGAUAUCAGUUUAAUCCCCAUAAACCAAUUACACCUGAGCAUUCUACUUUUAUCACUUCUCCAUCACUGAAGGACAGGAUUCACUGUGUGGCUUAUGUCUUAAACAUCAAUUCUGUUGACAAUCUCUCCUCUAAAAUGCUGGCAAAAUUCAAGAAAGUUCACAAAGAAGUAUUAAGCUGUGGUAUAGCACAUGUAGCCUUGCUUACUAACGUGAAUAAUUGCAGUGAGGUUCUUCAAGACAACUUUUUAAACAUGAGUAGAUCUGUGACUUCUCAAAGCAAGGUCACAAUUGUCAAUAAAAUGCUAGGCAUCCCUAUUUCCAAUAUUUUGAUGGUUGGAAAUUAUGCUUCAGAUUUGGAACUGAACCCUAUGAAUGAUAUUCUGAUCCUCUCUGCACUAAGGCAGAUGCUGCGGGCUGCAGAUGCCUUCUUAGAAGAUUUGCCUUUUGAGGAAACUGGUAAUCUGUCCCUUUUCUCCCCCUCUCAUAAAUUACUGGUUAUUUUUUAAAAAAUCCUAAGGUAUAUAUCAGUUAUUAGAUGGCUGGGGCCCAUCUCCCUGCCCUAGUCCUGAAAACCACAUUAAGAUAUGCGCUUCAUUUCCACUCUUGUUUGUUUCAUUUGCAGGUGCAAUUGUGAGAGUGUUACAGCCCUGCAUUUGAUAUCCUUGACUCUGGAUAUCCGUGACUCUGACAUUUGGGCCAACCUGUAUUGGCGUGCCUCAAUAAGAGUCCAUCUCUAUUGACAGUUGCCUUCAGAUUUUGCUUCUGUUCAUUUUUCCUUCUGUCCUUGGAACAGUCAUAUCUGAAGUUGAAAGGCCAAACCUGAGAAGCAGUGGGCUAAGAUAGGCCCUACCACAAACCACUCUUCCAUAUUUCUGUGCUAUUUACGAUUCAAUUUCUGUGAUAUAUUUUUAAACCAUUCCAGGAAAAAUGAGAUAUUCUUUUAUUUAUUCUUCUAUAACUAACACUCCAUAUACCUCUAUGUAGUACUAAUCACAUUGAAUAAUAGUUAUAAAAUUUUUGCAUAGACAUCUACUUUCUUAAAUAGAUUGUGAGUUCUGUGAGAAACAGCAUGGAUUUUAUUUAUCUAUGUAUUCCCAGAGCUUAUCACAGUGCCUGGUAAUGAGCAAGCAUACUUGCUAUUACUGCCUCCACCACCCUCUCUGACAUCACAUUCACUUUAGAUUUUUCUCCGCAUGCCUGUAGUGUGCCACCAUACCCAGUUAAUGGUGGCUUACUCAGGAAGCUGAGGUGGAAGAAUUGAUUGAGCCUGGGAGGUGGAGGCUACAGUGAGCUGAGAUUGUGCCACUGCACUCUAGCCUGGGAGAAAGAGUGAAAUCCUGACUCAAAAACAAAACAAAACAAAAUAAAACAACAAAUAACAACAAAACAGAAAUGAAGACUAAAAGAGAAUGAAAAGCUGGGGAGAGGGAGUAAAUAUAAAAAAGUGUUUCACAUAUACCUGAAUGAAAAUAUGAAUGACUCUUAAGUAACUGAAUUAAUUAAAACGAACCAACACUUUAAAAGAAUUUACAUUUUAUUUCUAUGAAAAAAAUAAAUGUUUCUCUUCUAAAAAGCCCAUGCCUGAUUAUCAUUAAUUGAAUUCCAAACCACACUAGACAUGUGUCUAUCAAAUUAGAUUACUGGUGCAAAUCAAUAAGAGCGUUCUUAGACUCAUGCUCCAAAUAAUUCCGAAGUCCUCUCAGUAGCUGCGAAAACUAGGACUAUCAAGAAAGAAAAACAAAAUUGCCAAAAGAUAGUUUUCAGCGUUUUUUUUUCCCUUAAAAACCUCUUAAUAAUCCUCUUCUCCAAAUUUCCCAGUUUUUUUCAAAAGAAUAUUCUUUGGUUCAACGAUUAUCAACAUUCUGACAGUCUAAUUUAGUUUUAAUCAGAAUUAUCCUUGUAUUUUGUGUAGUCAUGGGUAUUAAAAGAGCAAGAGUUUCUUAGGUCCAUUUAUGGAAUAUUUCCUAAAGCAAAGCUGCAAGUGAAGUUGUGCUCAAGUGAAUGUUCAGGAGACAUGACUCAGUGGAAGAAAUUGAGUCUUUAAAAAAGACCUAGGAAUAGAAGAACCAUGGAAAUUGAGGCAUAGACCUAGAAGUAGAUGUUGGGAACAAAAUUAGAGAGGCAACUCUAAAAAGUUAUUAUAGGCUCACCAGAGUUGUGUGCCUGUUGCAUAGUAACUUACCAAUACAUCAAAAUAGUAGGUGUCACAAUAGAGAAAGAGUUUAGUAAUUGGAUGGCAGCAAAAUGAGGAAGAUUGAGGGAAUCUCAGAUCAACCUCCCUGCUGGGUCUAGGACUGGGGCUUUUGAGAGAAAGGCAGGUAAGGGAUUGAAGGUCUGGAGCUGAUGAUUGGUUGGGGUGUAGGAGAUGAAAUGAAACAGAGAUGAAAACUGCAUUUUUUUUUUUUUCUGAGUCAGUUCCUUGGAGUGGGUCUUCAGACUGGUGUCAGUAGACCCAUGGGAUUCCAGGUUCUGGAAAACAUUUUAGAUAGAAACUUGAAGUUUCUUAAUGUUAAAUAUAUUAUCUUAUAGAAACAACGAAGGGAAGUUAGUGCCUUGUGAGAAUGUCUAUGUGACUUUUAGGCGGCAAGAAAUUAUAAGGAAAGGAGCUAAAAGUCAAGUUGUAAGUAGCUAUAAGGAAUUGGCUUAAGGGCAAGCUGGUUAAUACUUAACUGUGUUUUUAUUCAAAGUCUACAUUUUAUUUAGUGGUUAAUAUGUGCUGUUCAUUAGGAUGGUUUCAUAGUUACCUUGCAGAUGUGGAAGCAACAGGUCCAAAAAGUAGGGCAUGAUUUUCUCCAUGUAAUCCAGGGAAAAACAAGUCAUGACCAUUGUUGGUUGGGAGACUGAAGGUGUUUGAAGGCUUAACAUCAUUCUCACCAAUUUUAGGGCCAUAAUUCACCCAUCCCUUUGGUGGAGCCAGAAAAAAAAUCUGGGUAGAAUGUAAGACUUCCUUAUUUUGUUUAAAGGGGUAACAAAGAGUGCCCUUAUGAAGGAGAUGAAGACCCUGCAAGGAAGAGGAGUAAAAGAGAGAUCAAGAAACAGUGAGGAACAUUUCAUUUGACCCAACAUCUUUUAGGAGCUUAAAUGUUGACUCUAAGUUCUCCUUUUUGUGCUAAAAUGGACAGUAUUAGCAAAAUGAUAUCACAACUUCUUAUCCUCUGGCUCUGGAAACACUUAAAUAUCAAAUGGAAUUAAAUAUAUAUUUGAAAUUUAGGUUAGGAAAUAUUUGUGAGGAGGCCUCAAAAAGUGGGAAACGUCUUUUGCCUGGGAGGACCUCUUUCAUUUUGUGGAUUUCCCUGAUCUUUCUCUACCACCCUGAGGGGUAGUGGGAAUUAUCAUUAUGCUACAUUUUAGAGGUCAUCCAGGAUUUUUGAAACCUGACAUAAUUUGCAGUGAAGCAAGAUGUACAGCUCAGUCAAAGACACGAAAUUCUUCUUAGAAAAAUAGUGCUAAGAAGUAUAGCAGAGGAACUAUUAAGUGUGGUGGAAGAUAGAAUAUCAUCCUAAAGUGAGAGUGAUGUUGUGGAGACAGUUGAAAUGUCAGUGCUAGAGCCCUUUGUGGUGUGAACGGGUAGGUUAGGUUGUUGCAUUAGAAAGUGACUGUUUCUGAUAGAAAUGUGUAGCUUUGUGCAAACGCACCCACCACUGACCUCAAUAAAAUAAUGAGAAAAGAAAAAUAGAACAGUUUGAGUUCUGUGAGGUACACUGGCCCAGAAAGGCAUAAGUAUGGGCCUUUAGUCUUGCCUCCUGGGUGCCACACUGCCCCUCCACACACAUACCUGGGGACAAUUGUUUAAAGUUAUUUUGUUCCCGACUAGCACUUUGCCCGUUAUCUUCAUGUUCCUGGAAUUUGAUACAAUUUAUAGCCAAUCAAUAGCUUAUGUUAUUUUACUGUAAAUUCCUGGUAAAUAACUUAGAAACUGCCUCUUCCUUUUCUUUGAAAACAUACUUGUAACUGUUGCUAAUAAGAUUGCAUAUUGUUCAGGGCAACUGGAAUCUAUGCUGUUGGGUUGCAACCCUCAUGCUUGGCCCAAAUAAACUCUCUGCUUA